UAGAAUUAAAUAGUUACACUUCUUUCUUUUUUUUACAUUCAGUGUAGGCCUUUGCCCACUGCUCUGGGGAACAUGUCGUACGUCAAAGUCCUGAAUUGUCCCACAAUCCCACUUUCCAAUGGUCUGCAGAUUCCAAUAUUUGGAUUGGGCACAUCACAUUACGGUGGAUACUCUCAUGAUGCCAUUGUGUAUGCACUCACCGAGUGUGGCAUUCGUCACAUUGACACAGCAAAGCGUUACGGCUGUGAGGAGGAACUUGGUAAAGCUAUAAGUGACAGUAGGAUACCAAGAAGUGAUCUGUGGCUGACCAAUAAACUGUGGCCAGGGGACUAUGGAUACAAAGCUGCAAAGAAAGCCUGCCUCACCUCCUGCUCACAGAUGGGGGUGCAAUAUUUUGAUCUGUACCUGAUGCACUGGCCAGAGUCAUUGCAGCCUGGUUGCUCCAACAGGGAGAUGAGAGCUGAGACCUGGAGAGCAUUGGAGGAACUUUAUAAAGAAGGGGUGUGCCUUUCUAUUGGAGUGAGCAACUUUCUUGUACACCAUCUGGAGCAGUUAAAGGAAGACUGUAGUGUGGUGCCACAUGUUAACCAGGUGGAGUAUCAUCCAUUCCAGCAGCCCAAUAAACUGAUAGAUUACUGUCGUCAAGAGGGAAUAGUGUUUGAAGGCUACAGUCCUCUGGCUAAGGGUCAAGUUCUCAGUGACCCGACUGUUCUCCGCACAGCAGAAAAGUACAGACGCACACCUGCUCAGAUCUGCAUCCGCUGGAGUAUUCAGAAUGGAGUGGUCACAAUACCAAAAUCCACCAAAAGGAAGAGGAUAGAAGAAAACAGUCAAGUGUUUGAUUUCCGACUGGACGACUCGGACAUGGCUGCUCUGGGAGGACUUCACGAUGAGAGACACGUCACCUGGGAUCCAACAAAUGUGGAGUAACAGAAUAACAUCUAGAUUUUAGAAUACAUUUGAUUUAGAUUGGACAUGUUUGCUAAUAAUAUAAAUUAGAUACUGAAACAACAAAACUCAGCAUGUAACCAGAAAUGCAAAAUACAAUGGUGGCAGAGUGAUGUACACAAGAAUAUAGUUCUAAAAGAAAAGAGGAUAUAUGUGAAAACACUAGAAGGCAGCUAAUGCUAACAAGAAGACAUGAAUAAUCAGCUGGAGGAGUCUGCCCGGUCUGUAUGAGGAGGAACACAUUCAGUAAUUAUAGCUGCCUGCAAUAGAUUUUUAUUGUUCUGAAACAUGACGAGAAAGAAUCUGUAGUAAAUGUUUGGCAGUGAUUCUAUGCCUGAAAGUAUCAUAAACAGCUCUUGUUGUUUCUUAUUUGAUAGAAUCCGAUGUCAUUAUUGUUAUUUGCAGAGUGUAUAAUCAUUUCAUAAUAAAUUAUGAUUUGCAUAUUAUUGUAUAUUAAAUGGAGUGGUUAUCAUC